AUGUUUGUAGAACUUUUAUACAUAAUCAGCCUAACGAAGACAUUUAUAUAUUAUGGUCUUUACUAUAGUUUUAAAGUAGGGCAAGGCCUAGUAUAUGCGGUCACUGUUAUAUUAACUAAUGUGUUAUCUCUCUUAAAACAUUUGACUGAAAUCUUAUCAAUUGUAAUAGAGUCAUUCGCAAUAUUCUAUGGAGAUAUCAUUCAAUGUUUACUGGAAUUUCUAGAAGCUCUGGGACAAUUGUUGGAAGUGUUGGGCUCAACUUCGUCAAGUGUAAUAUCAAGUACCUAUAAUUUUAUUCAUAAAAUAAGUUACAUCUGCUAUCAAAUAUAUAUACUGUUGAAAGACUCCCUACUAAGUGUUUAUGAGUUACUAAUUACGACAUGCAAAUUUAUAAAACAUUUAAUAGUUUUGUUUGGUGCUGGAGUUUGGUUUGCAAUCACAUUAAUUCCAUUAUCAUUAGUAAACAUGCUGCAUCUAUUUACACGGCUUAUAAAUACUGUGUUGAGGACUAUAUUUGAUAAAACAAUAGAAUAUAUAAAAGAUUUACGAGACUGCAUGAAGAACAUUUAUAUUUUUGUAACAGAUGUUCCAGUUGAGUCUGUGAUUGGAUUAAUUAUAGCUAUAUGCUUAAUAUAUAUCAUGACCCAAUUUUAUAUGACUUUGUACCAAAGCGCUAGGCAAAUUUUUAUCAAUGUUUUCAAUAAUGCUGGAAGACAAUCAAGGAAUAUAAGAAGAAAUGAAAGAAUAUUUCACAAUAGAAGUAACAGAAUCUUGAAUCGUAUGGGAAACGAAAGUUCAUCGAAUAAUAUAAGGAAUGAAAGUGCACAGUUAAAUAGGUACAGAAGACCACAAAUAAGAAGAAAUUAUGAAUCCGAAUCCACUCCAACUGAAACCAAAACUGAUAUUUUAGAAGAACAAUAUUGUGUUAUAUGCCAGGAACGUAUCAAAUGUAUUUUAGUACUGCCUUGUAAACAUGUAUGUAUGUGUAUGGAAUGUAAUUCCAGAUUGCAGUUAUACAACAAUACAUGUCCAAUUUGUAGAAAUGAUAUUGAAAGUACUAUGAAAAUAUUUGUAUGA